CCAAACCCGCCAAUCAGAUCCGAACCCGCAAAACUCAGCUUCAAAAGAGUCCUCACUCUCCGGCGAUCGCUUCCCGUUCGCCGACGCCAUUGCAUCCCAAUCAAAGGCUUUUGGUUUGUGGCUUGUGUUCGGAGGCAAUUAGGACACCAAUUGAUAGGGACAAUGAAUUAGGGACUGCAAGGAACCAUUUUGGUAGGGUAGGAUUACCUUCGAUGAUUCCUUCCAUUGGGAAUCAGCAGGAGAAGUUUGAUGUUGAGCUCAUGGAUCCUGAUCUUUGGAGGGUGUCGUUCGGAUUGUCGCAUUCUAUGGAUGGAAUUGUGGGGAAAGGAGAGGAUUUUUGCUCUUCUGUUGGUGAUGAUGAUGGCUCUGGUGAUUGUUCUACAGUGAUGGAUAAUUGCCCUGAUUUUGAUGAGAUUGAUGAUUUGAGGCUGCGAAAGAAACUUUUCUACAAGUUGGAUAGAGGUUCCAAAGAGUUUGAAGAGUAUAGUUUUGAUUUCCACAGGAAAAUUCCUUCUAGUAAGCAUCAAGAGAAGUCAAAGCAAACCAGUGCUAGAAAAGAAGACAAGAAAUCUGAAAAGCAAAGUCUUAAGGUGUCAUCGUCUCAAAUGAACAAGCUUGUAAAUGCGGAGAAGAAGAAAGCUUCAUUCCAAGAAGGAAAGAAGCUUCCUUUCAAGAUAGAAAGGAAUACCCGUGAGAGUAGUGGAGUUGGUGAUAUGACAAAAUUCAUAGAGGGGAAGAAGUUGAGAACCCCGACGUUUAAUCAACUCACUGAUCCUUACCACUUACCUUUUUGCUUGGACAUUUUUGUCACGAAAGGUUCAGUUCGUGCUUGUGUUGUUCACCGAGCUACAAGCAAGGUGGUUGUUGUGGCUCAUUCGAUUUCAAAGGACAUGAAGUUUGAUGUGGCAUCUAGAAAGGGAGUUAAAGCCUGCUUUGCUGUGGGGAAAAUUUUGGCUCAGCGUGCUAUGGAGGAGGAUAUUUAUAAUGUGGUUUAUACACCAAGGAAAGGUGAUAAGAUUGAAGGGAAGCUUCAAAUUGUACUACAAUCUAUUAUUGAUAGAGGAAUUGAUGUCAAACUGAAGCUGAAGCAGAAGCAGAAGAAGCCAUUGAAGGCUUCUCAAACAGUUUCAACGUGAACAAGUGCUUCAGAAGUCUUUUGAAGCAAGAUGAAUCUGUUUACAAGAAUUCAACUGCAUCAUCACAUAUAUAUACUCUUUCCGGCGAUUAUAGUCAGCUGUGUCAUGCAAUGUCUUGGGUGGGAAAUGAGGGCUGAUUCGGUAACACUCGGAAUGGCUAUGCAAAAUAUUUGAAGUGGUUUAAAUUGUGAAAGAUGCUGAUCUUCAAGGAUCAAUUCUAUAUUUGAGGAUGACAAAUAUUGGACAGAAACUCAAGAUCAUUCUUUUGUUAAUGAUGGGCUUCUGGGCAUAUUACAAAGAAGAAAAUCAUCGGUGCCGAUGUUAUGUAUUGAUAAUUGUGGUGAGAUUGAGAUGAUUUUUUGUUUGUGAUGAGGAAGAGGAGUGCCUUGAUAUGUAUAUUUAGUUUCUUUUGAGUUCUAUAUAAAUUGGAUGCGAUUGUGUUCAAAGUUAUACUUUUGUUAAGCCAAGGAGUUUUUACAUCUUGGAGUUGCAAAAUAAAUUUAUGUCAUUCAUGAGAUGGUAUAUAAA